UGGCGGAGGAUACAGUGUAACUGGGCAGCAGCGGCGGAGUUACGUGAGUUUUCCCAGCAGUUGAGUCAGCAAAAGGCGCAUGAAAUGAUACAUAAAAAGAGGAAAACGUGUUCGGUUAAAGCGUACUCUGAAAGGGAGCGAAAAACGACGAGAAGCGCCACACGUUGGUAAGAUGGAAAAAUGUAUCGCUGUUUAGUGCAGUCAACAGCCUUGGGCAACAAAUAUGGCUUCUUGUGCCUUUUUCAGUAUGCUAUAAAAAUUGUUCUCCCGUGCAACCUAAUGCCGUGGUGGCUCCGGCGAAGUUCUGCAAGCCGCUACAAGUUAAGUUCAAUAAUCGCUCAGUACUUUUGAUCGGGAAGGAUAUUACAUCCACUUGGCCGUCUGGGGUUAGCUGGGAAGCUACGGAACUACAGCGGAUAGCAAUGGAGCCAAAGCACAAAGAGUUGCUAGACCAGUGUCACCAGAACUUAUUGGAGUCCAUAACAGAUGCUGACCGUGUGAUCGAGCUGCUGAUAGUUUCCGGUACUUUGAGUCAACUCGACAGGUUCGAGCUGGACCAGAACUGUUCGUCCAGCGCCGAGAAAGUCGACCACCUUUUGAAGAUGCUGAUGAACAAGGAGAGCGACCAUUUCCUCGACCUGUGUGUGGCCCUGGAGAAGGCAUACCCUGACCUGUAUGCUGCUCUGUUCGGGAACAACGGGGGAGGACCUGUGGACCACUCCACCGGUUCCACGUACAGCGUUCUCUCCACAAUGCCCUCCGACUCAGAAAGCAGCAGUUCCCUCAGCAGUGUUGGUUCUCCUGUUAAUGGUGAAGCAUCCUCCCCACCCCCAGCUAUCAAUGACAACCGGCAUUCCGGUGACAACUUGGACACCAUCUUGCUGCAGCUCCGCCAGGUGACCAGGGAGCGGGAUGAGCUUCGUAAGCGUCUGGCGUUGGCAUCGCCUGGGACCACCUUCGACGACUGCAGGCCAAAUUCCAAAGCCAGUCAUGACUAUGAGCGUCUAAAAAGUCAGUGCAUUGGGGCCAUGGCAGAUCUGCAGUCUCUGAAGAACCAGCAUACUAAAACACUCAAGAGGUGCGAGGAGGCUGUGAAGGAGGCUGACUUCUACCACAUGCUGCACAGCCGUGUCUUGGGCGACCAGGCACAGCUGAAGGAAGAGAUGGAAACACUCAGGAGGGACAAUGCCCAACUUGUCCGGGAGCACAACCACCUAAAACAGAACUGUGAGGAGCUCAAACGACUGCACAGUCAAGACCAGAAAGAGUUGGCGGACCUUCGGCUGCAGCAACAGCAGGUAAUGAGCGAGAAGGGCUCAUCAGAGGUAUUAAAUAAGCUGUACGACACUGCUAUGGAGAAGUUGGAGGCUGUAAAGAAGGAGUAUGAUUCCCUGAGCAAGCGUUACAGUGAGAAGGUAGCUAACCACAACACAGACCUGAGCCGCCUGGAGCAAGUUGAGGAGGAGAACCGGAGGUUGCAGAAGCAGAUGGAUGCGUUGCUCAAACAACGAGACUCAGCUAUGCAUUACCAGCAGCAGUACUCUACCUCAAUGAGGAGGUUUGAUUCAGUGCAGCAGGAGCUGAACAAGUCCUCAGCUCAGAACAAGGAGCUGCAGAGAGAGAUGGAGCGGCUGCAGUCAGAGGUGACGCGCUACAAGAACUUGCAGCUGAAGUCGGCCAAGGACUGCGAGAAGUACAAGGAGGAGAGGGACUCUGUGUUUAAUGAAUAUCGCCUCAUCAUGAGCGAAAGGGACCAGGUGAUCAAGGAGGUGGACAAGUUGCAAACUGAACUGGAGGCAGCUGAGGCUCGACUGAAAAACACUUCAUCAGAGAGGGUGGUGGCCAGUGAAGAGUUGGAGGCUCUCAGACAGGAGUUGAACUCGUCACUGGUGGACCGUGACAGGGCCAUCUGCGAGAGGAAUGAGCUGCUGGAGAAGUAUUGCCAUGAGGUGAAGGACAAAGCUGAGGCCCAGAAGGAGUUGAGCCAGGCCUGCAAGGACAUCGAGACGGUCCGGGAGGAGAGGGAUGUGGCCCGCAAGGAGAGGACAGAGGCCAUCAUUCAAAGGGAUCAGCUGCUCAGAGAAUACUAUCAAGCCAGACAAAAACAAGACUCUGCUACCUUGGACAUGGAACGAGCCAAUAAGGAGAUCGAGAUGCUAAGGAAACAGUAUGAAGCGAUGUCCCAGGAGCUGAAGGAGGCCACACAGGAAGCUGAGGUGGCCAAAUGUCGAAGGGAUUGGGCCUUCCAGGAGAGAGACAAAAUAGUGGCGGAGAGGGAAAGCAUAAGGACUCUGUGUGACAACCUGCGGCGAGAAAGGGACCGGGCAGUCAGCGAUCUGGCCGAUGCCCUGCGUAAUUUGGAUGAUAUGAGAAAACAGAAGAAUGACACAUUGCGAGAACUUAAAGAACUAAAGGAGAAGAUGGAAAGCCAGCUGGAGAAGGAGGCCCGGUUCUGUCAGUUAAUGGCCCACAGCUCUCAUGACUCGGCCAUUGACACAGACUCCCUGGAGUGGGAGACGGAGGUGGUGGAGUUUGAGAAGGACAGGGAUGACAUGGAUUUGAAGGCGCUUGGGUUUGAUAUUGCAGAGGGGGUAAAUGAUCCAUAUUUACCUGGAGAUUGUGGCAUUUUUGUUACACGGGUGGACAAAGGAAGUAUCGCAGAUGGAAGGUUAAGAGUGAAUGAUUGGCUAUUGAAGAUUAAUGACAUCGACCUGACCAAUAAGGACAGGAAGCAGGUGGUGAAGGCUGUUCUUAAUGGCGGAGGACUGAUCAAUAUGGUGGUACGAAGGAGGAAGUCUCUAGGAGGAAGGCUGGUCACUCCUGUUCAUAUAAACCUUAUGGGACACAAAGACAGUGGCAUUGGUCUGGAAAGUGGAGUGUUUGUCACUGCCAUUGUCCAGGGAAGUCCAGCAGCCAGGGAGGGCUCUCUCACAGUUGGAGACAGACUCAUUGCUAUAAACGGAAUUGCUCUGGAUAACAAGUCUGUGACAGAGUGUGAGGCUUUGCUGCGUAGCUGCAGGGACUCUCUCAGCCUCUCUCUUAUGAAGUUUUUCCCUCACAGCACAUCAGGCCAGAACAUUUUUGAGAGUCUGCGUGAGUCAUCAGAGAAGUCAAACGGGCGCAUUCACCUGUCGGAGAUUCACUCCCGGAAUAGUCGGAAUCUCAAACACAACAGCUCGACACAGACGGACAUUUUCUGCCCAGAUGUUGGAAGCGCUAGCACAGGCAGCAUUUCUGGGGAGAGGAGAAAGGUCAGAGGUGAAUCUGAUGACAUGUAUGGUGACAUCAGCAGGCCCUUCUCCACAGGAUCCCUCCAUGCCACCAGCCUUCGGCCAUCUUCAGACUUGGGAAAUGGCCGGUAUGGGCCCAGUGCUUUCCAAGAGUGCUGUCCCUACACGAAAGCACCUUCCUCUUUGCCCUUUGAGCCAGUUUCACCUGCAGACUGCAUCACCAUGGAUGCAGCCAUGGAGAAGAAGCACAGUGGCGGCACAUGGCCAAAAAUGAUAGUGGGAAGUAUGUCGGUCGCUCCAGAUACUAGAGACACUAGUCCAGUCUCUGCAGCCACCCAACUCUCCAUCUACAAAUCACCCAAGCAGAGGAAGUCCAUCUUUGACCCAGACACUUUCAAACGCUCUGAAACACCUUCCACUAAGCUGGAGUACAUGGCAGCCAGUCAGACUGCAGCAGUGGCUGCUGCUGCUGCAGCAGCUUCUCACUCUCCACAACCUUCAAAGACAGAGUCCCUCUCCUCCUCAUCAACCCCUACCCCAACUCCCCCAACCCCACCCGCUCGCAGCGACUCCUUCAAAUUCAAACACAAACAUCAAAGCAGCUCUGCCUCUGACUGCACAAUCACCUCUGACGGCAAAGGAGAGGCUGCCAUCUCCAUGGCAGCAGGCGAGUGCAGAGACAGGAGUGAGCGAGAAAGGGACAGGAACGGAAACCACUAUUUUCUGGAAGGCAAGGUCCUCACCUCACGGAAGUCUUGUGAUGAGGACAUUGGUCGUACCAGAGGGGAGGAGCCAGAGGUGAAGAGGCCGCGCCCUAAAUCUGCCCCUGCCCUUCGACGUAGGAUGACCCCUCAGACCAUUACUCUUCCCACCUUCCAAAGCUACUCUAAUGAUGAGCAUUCACCAGAGCCCAGGGACAUGCUGCGUUCCUCCCCCAGCCGCUCUCAUAGACACAGCGUCGGCUUUGUCCCCACAGUCUACGGUGGAUCCCUACCUCCGAAUUCCACCCACCGUGGACUGUCACCUUGCCCCGCUGUGACGGCCGUGAUGAGGAAUCCAGUGUACACUGUGCGCAGUCACCGUGUUCAUACCAGCAACUGUCCAUCUGUCGCAUCCCAGAUAUGCCACCAGCACACCCACACCAGCCCACAACACCAGGGUCGUCUGAGCCUGGACCUGAGCCAGCAGAAACGCUCAAAUGACUUCUCCGAAUCCUCCUCAUCACGCAGCAGCAGAGCUUCACACGGUACAAACUCACUGCCAUCCAGUGCACGGCUCGGUUCUUCCAAUAAUGUUCAGUACCGCACAGAGAGGAUCAAAAUCCCCUCUACUCCCCGCUACCCGCGCUCCAUGCUGGGCUCAGACAGAGGCUCCCACUCGCAUUCCGAGUGUAGCAGUCCCAGCCUCAUCACGCCUCCACAAUCACCACUCAAUCUGGAGACUUCCUCAUUUGCCAGCAGCCAAUCACAAGGAUCCAUUUCUACUUUACCUCGGAUCUCAGUCAGCCCUGUGCCAAUAGGAGAGCGCAGGAAAGACAGAUCUCUUUACCGUAAUCGCUCUUUUCUAAGGAUUCCUCUGGCUGCAAGGCCGAGGUUCUCCUCUCUCAGGAGCCUCAGGCCAUACCUGGAGGAACCCCGCAAUGUCAUUGUGCACAAAGGUGCAGAGCCUCUGGGCAUCUCCAUUGUCAGUGGGGAGAACGGAGGAAUCUUUGUGUCUAAAGUCACUGGAGGUAGCAUCGCCCACCAGGCAGGACUGGAGUAUGGAGACCAAUUACUGGAGUACAAUGGCAUCAACUUGCGGAACGCUACUGAGCAGCAGGCUCGUCUCAUCAUCGGCCAGCAGUGCGACACCAUCACCAUUAUGGCACAGUACAACCCACACAUGUACCAGCUGGGCAACCACUCUCGCUCGAGCUCCCGUCUGGAGCCGGUCAGUGCUCAGCCAACUCCGCAGGGCAGCGGGGCCGCUACACCUGACAAUCACUCCACCAUCGAUACGCUCAGUGAACAGGACGAGGGCACACUCACUCCCUCCUCCAAGCAGACUACGCCCACUACCAGCCCUCACAAUUUUAUCAGGAUGCCGUCUGAGGGGGGCAGGAAAGCGGGUGAGCCGCGGCUCGUAACAGUACGCAGGCCUGGGGUAGAAGUAGGGGUCACACUCUGUGGAGGAAACCUGAGGGGUGUCUACAUAGAGAGUCUGGAUGAGGACAGUCCAGCUCGAGGUCCUGAUGGGCUGCUUCCUGGGGACCUCAUCCUGGAGUACAACUCGGUGAAUAUGAAGAAUAAGACAGCUGAAGAGGUUUAUGUUGAGAUGUUAAAGCCUGCAGAGACGGUCACAUUAAAGGUGCAGCAUCGGCCUGAUGACUUCAACGUGGUCAAAGAUAUUUCAGGAGAUGGCUUUUACAUUAGAGCACUUUACGACAGGGUGGGGGAGGCCGAGGGGGACCUUAGUUUUAAGAAGGAUGACAUCCUGUACGUGGAUGAGUCUUUACCAAAGGGCAUCUUUGGGACCUGGAUGGCCUGGCAGCUAGAUGAGAACGCGCAGCAGAUCCAGAGGGGGCAGAUCCCCAGCAAGUACAUGAUGGACCAAGAGUUUUACCGCAGACACAGCGUGACGGAAAUGAAGGAAGACUCUAGUAAGACUCUCUCUGCAGCAGCCCGCAGAUCCUUUUUCAGGAGGAAACAGAAACACAAACGCAGCAGCUCCAAAGACAGCAAAGAGAUGGUGGCUUUGGACACCAUCAGCACAGACUCCAUCCCCUUCCUUGAUGACUGUGUGAGCUUGGCAUACCAGCGAGUCCAGAAGGUGGAGUGCACUUCUCCCCGACCAGUACUCAUCCUCGGGCCUCUCACAGACCCUGUCAAGGAGAUGCUGGUGAAAGAAUCCCCCGGAAAGUUCUGCAGAUGUGUACUGGAGGUGAUGAAGGCAUCCCAGCAAGCCAUCGAGCGGGGCGUCAAAGAUUGCCUCUUCAUCGACUACAAGCGCAGGAGCGGACAUUUUGAUGUGACCACGGUUGCUUGUAUAAAAGAAAUAACAGAUAAGGGCUGUCACUGUUUGCUCGACAUCGCCCCGCACGCCAUUGAGAGGCUCCACAGUGUUCACAUUUAUCCAAUUGUUGUCUUUGUCCGCUACAAAAACGCCAAGCAGAUCAAGGAACAGAAAGAUCCGAUCUAUUUGCGAGACAAAGUGUCUCAAAAACAUUCCAAGGAGCAGUUUGAAAGUGCACAGAAGAUAGAACAAGAAUACAGCAAAUUCUUCACAGGUAUUGUCCAAGGCGGCACCCUCCCGUACAUUUGCACUCAGAUCAUGACUAUAGUUGAUCAAGAACAAAGUAAAGUCCUGUGGACUCCACUCGGCUGCCCCUAGAGGAGACGAGCAGCUAUUACAGCAAGCUUCGGCUUUCAUCCCCAUUCCCCGCACACUAAUUAACCCUUUCACACUACACCAUUAGGUACACUACAUAGAGCUAGUUGUGUAAAUUAUUGCUAUAUUUUUUUAUGUUGUCUUUUGUUAUGAUUCCUAAUCAGAACCUCGUUUAUUUUGUGAUGUACUCGGGAGCAGGUUAGUAGCACUGGAUAUCAACAUUAGAGUUCUUUCAGUCUUCCCUAAGGGUUUGUGGUGGUGUAUUUGUGAUGCUGCAAUGUAAGCGUCCGUUUACAGUCAAAAGACGAGUCUGACUAUUGGUGUUCAAUAUUUGCUUGAAUGCGUGUGCCCCGCCCCCAUGUACGCAAACCUCCUUACUAAUGAAGUUCAGCCACCUCUGACCCGCCCGUGUACCAGAUGACAUUUGUGGUUUCCCUGAAAUUAUGCACCCAUUUGAUGAUGACUGACAACUAAUUGUAUUGUUGUGUGUGUGUGUGUGUGUGUGUGUGUAUGUGUGCGUGUGAGUUUGUGAGCGUGGAGAGGGGAAAAAAAAGCAACAUUGAGACUGUUGUACACAAUUGUAAUGACAAUUUCAAAUGAGUUGAAUCACAUUGAUACUAUGCUAUAGAAAUGUAAUGCCAGGAUCAGACAUCACAUUCGCGUGGUGUUUCAUCACAAAAAAGGAAAAAGAGAAGGAAAAAAAAGAAAAGAAGUAUCAAACCUCUUGAAGUAUGUAGCUGUGGUCUUACUGAGCCCAUCUCAGCAGUGAUGGCCAUCAAAACUCUAAACACAUUGAUGUUUGCUCUAUGCAUUGUGUUUCUGUAGUAGCUGGGUGUGUGGACAGCUUACGGGCCUUUCGGAAGUGCCUUCGGAGAAAAGGCCUGAUCUGAAACCAGCCCUUGAUCACUUAGCCAGAAAGCUGAGGAUUUUUUUUUCUUCUUUUCUUUCUUUCUUUUUUUUUCUCUGAGUUUCUAAUCUGGAUCCGAUGUAUCAUUUCACCCGUGGUGGACUAGAUGAUUCAGAGGCUGAUUUGAGACCAGUACUAUGUAGAGCGCAUGACAAUGGCGAGGUUUGGAGGGUAGGUCGAAGCGGCGACCAACGGGUCAACUCCUCAGAAUGCACUCCAGGGCUAGACAGACCACUGUGUAACUAUCAUUGUCUCUCUUUAACAUAUAUUUAACAACACUAUAGAGUAUACCUUAUACAGUAUGCAGAUACAGAAAAAAAAAACAAGCAAAAAUAUAUAUAUAAAUAUAUAUAUAUAUAAAUAUAUAGUACAUGUAUUUUCACUAGGUCAUAUGCCUAGGAACGUCUGGCAGUCAAGUCACGUCUUAGCAGGUAUUAGCAUGUGUUUUUCUUUUUUAAUGUUUCUUUUUAAAGACUUUUUUUCUCUCUGUGGUUGGUUGCCAGUCACUUACGUACUCAUUCAGAGACACUAUGAAGCAAAAUUUGCAGGGUAAUGUCUUAUUGGAGUUUCCUCUGAUCCGUUUAAAUGUUACUGACUUUUCAUUGUUAUUUAAUUAUUAUUAUUUUUUGUUAUUCAAGCAGCAAAAAAUAUUGACUACAGAUAUUCUGCCCUUCCAACAAACCAUAUCCUGUAUCUUGUUGUGCCAAAAUCCACUAAGUCAACUUUAUCCUUUGAUUUCUGUUUUGCACUUCUGUGAACCUUAAACAUGUCACUGUUCUUAGGUUUCCAGCAGAUUAUGAAUAGGUACUCUAAUUUUUGUUGUGGCUAAUUCAUGUUUUUAUGUAUCACAUCAGUUCCUUACAUUUCAUUGAUGGCCUUUUUAUUCGUAAUUAGGGGGAAAGGAUCACUUCUUAUUUGAAAUAUUAAAAAGGGAUCUACUCUUGCACAGUUUUUCGAACAAAACAAAAAGGUCCACGUGUUUGACCAUUGGGCUAAAGGAGUAAACAGAAGCAAACUGUAAUGUUACUAUUUUUAUGAGUAGGUAGCGUAUGUUUAGAGAGCAGGACACAACGUGAAGUGGUUGUACUUGUAGAGAAAGAGUGUAGAUGCCAGGUACUGAUUGAAUUUUUCUUUUAUUAAAAAGAAUGUGAUUUGUAUGUUAAGACAUUAACAUGAGAAUAAAGCUCAUUUUCUGUAUCACAA